CCCCACGCUCUCUCGCCUUUUCGACCUUUUUCCACGAUUGAUCCUUCCUCAUCUCAAUUUAUUAAUUGAGCGAAGAACUGUCAGAGUAUAUGCGACCUGGGCCGCACAGAAAAGAGCUACGAUUGGGAUUAAGUCAAUGAGAUUCCAGCGGCCACUGAACAGAGUUUUACACGCGACCAGGCCACGAAAUACCUUCGAUUAUUCAGCUCAAAGGAUACAUAUCAGCAUUCGCCUCAGCUCCAGCUGCGCGUCUGCCGAUAUGGCGAGCAUCGACACGAGUCAGCGUUUGUCCAAGCUGAGGCAGUUGAUGAAGGAGAAGAAUGUUGAUAUCUACAUUAUUCCGUCCGAAGACAGCCAUGCCUCCGAAUACAUAGCUUCCUGCGAUGGCAGGAGAGAGUUUAUCUGUGGAUUCUCUGGGUCCGCUGGAUGCGCCGUUGUCACUCAGGACAAGGCUGCCCUGGCCACUGAUGGAAGAUACUUCAACCAGGCGUCGAAGCAAUUGGACGAUUCGUGGACCCUUCUCAAGCAGGGGCUGCUAGACGUUCCAACCUGGCAAGAGUGGACCGCAGAACAGUCAGAGGGUAGCAAGACCGUCGGAGUCGACCCGACUGUGAUCUCGGCCCCUGAUGCGAGGAAACUGGCUGAUAAAAUCAAGGCCGCUGGGGGUGCUGAUUUAAUUGCUGUCGAAGACAACCUGAUCGACAAGGUCUGGGGUGCCGAUCGACCAGCAAAGCCGACUCAGCCCGUUAAGCCUCUGGGCGAAGAAUUCUCGGGGAAGAGUGUUACGGCAAAGCUCGAAGACCUUCGCAAGGAGUUGGACAAGAAGAAGAGCUCUGGCCUUGUCGUGUCCAUGCUGGAUGAGAUUGCAUGGCUCUUCAACCUUCGUGGCAACGACAUUCCAUACAACCCUGUCUUCUUCUCCUACGCCAUAAUCACACCCACCUCAGCAACCCUCUAUGUCGAUUCGUCGAAAUUGUCCAAAGAAGCUCAAGAUCACCUUGCCCAAAAUUGCAUUUCCAUACGGUCGUAUGAUGCGAUAUUUGAGGAUGCUGCUGUUCUCGGCCGCUCCAUCCAAGCCACCACUACGAAGGAGGCUUCUUCGGGCGAUAAUUCAUCUAAGCCUGCUGCCCAAGACACGAAAGUGAAGAAGUUCAUGGUCUCUAACAAGGCUUCUUGGGCAUUAAAACGGGCACUCGGCGGCGAGUCUAACGUGGAUGAAGUGAGAAGUCCCAUUGGGGACGCCAAGGCCGUGAAGAACGAGACUGAAUUGGAGGGAAUGAGAGCCUGCCACAUCAGAGAUGGAGCAGCGCUCACUGAGUUCUUCGCUUGGCUUGAAAAUGAGCUGAUCGAGAAGAAGGCAACAGUCAAUGAAGUGGAGGCGCUUGACAAGUUGGAGGAAAUGAGGUCUAAGCAUAAGCACUUCGUUGGCCUCUCAUUCGAUACUAUUUCGUCGACGGGAGCCAACGCAGCGAUCAUUCAUUACAAGCCCGAACGCGGAAACUGUUCGAUUAUCGACCCUAACGAGGUAUACCUUUGCGAUUCCGGCGCCCAAUACUUUGACGGCACCACCGACACCACGAGGACUCUCCAUUUCGGGACCCCGACUGAGAUGGAGAAGAAGGCUUACACCCUUGUUCUGAAAGGAAAUAUUGCCUUAGAUACUGCCGUAUUCCCCAAGGGCACCAGCGGAUUUUCGCUCGAUACACUAGCAAGGCAGUUCCUCUGGGAGGAAGGUCUUGAUUACCGCCACGGCACAGGCCAUGGAGUCGGCUCAUUCCUCAAUGUACACGAAGGCCCUAUCGGAAUUGGCACUCGUAUCCAGUACACAGAGGUGCCACUAGCUAUCGGGAACGUCAUUUCCAACGAGCCGGGCUACUACGAGGACGGGUCCUUCGGAAUCAGAAUCGAGAAUAUCAUCAUGGUGAGGGAGGCCAAGACGAAGCACACCUUUGGCGAGAAGCCGUACCUUGGCUUCGAGCACGUUACGAUGGUGCCGUAUUGCAGGAAGCUCAUUGAUGAAAGCUUGUUGACGCCCAAGGAGAAGCGUUGGUUGAAUGAGUAUCAUGCUGAUAUCUUUGCUAAGACGAAGGGAUACUUUGAGCCUGGCUCUCUGACGAUGAAGUGGCUUGAGAGAGAGGUGCAGCCAUUUUGAGUGAUGACGAGCUCAGUGUCCUUUUAUGAGAAUUAUCAUUGCUACCGGCCAUGUAGAAUAGUUCACAGGUUGUGGUUACAGACCUAACUUCAGUUGUCUUAUUCGUAUGCUAAGGCUAAUACGAGAUUAAAUUAUGUUUCGUAUCCUCAUUACAUAUAUGCUUCGACCUUCAACCAACGUAAACCCCC